AAAGGAAGAAGAAAGGAGGAGGAGGAGGAGGGAAACGAUCACAGACCAUAGCUCGACUUGUAGAUUCCAAAACCCUUAAACCCUCUGAUCGUUAACGAAGUCGGCGAGAGCUCCCCAUCCCACACCGCAAUGGCUCAACCGCCGCCUGGCCAUUACCCGAUCUACCCUCCGAUCCCACCCCUGAACCCCGUCCCCGUGCCCGUGUACAGCCAUCCCAUGCCCUGGCCCGUGCCCGCGCCGAUGCCGCCGAACGCCGCUCCCCCGCCCAUGUACGUCGGGGCGCCGGCUAAUCCGGCCGGCCCGAAGCGCCGCCGCGACGAGGGAGGGGCUGCGGCCGCGGCGGAGGACGAGUCGUCGGCGGCGAAGCGCCGGGCCGUGGCGCAGGACGUCGUAUUCAGGAUCGUGGUCCCGUCCAGGCAGAUCGGGAAGGUGAUCGGCAAGGAAGGUUGCCGUAUCCAGAAGAUCCGGGAAGAGACCAAGGCCACGGUCAAGAUCGCUGACGCCAUCGUUAGACAUGAAGAGCGUGUAAUUAUUAUAAGUUCUAAGGACAAUGACAACAAUGUUACUGAUGCAGAAAAUGCCCUACAGGAAAUAGCCACCUUGAUCCUUAAGGAAGAUGAUGGUAAUGCUGAGGCAUCAAAAGUUGGUGCAGUGCAUGUGGCUGCCAAUACAAUAAGGCUUUUGAUUGCUGGAACUCAAGCAGGAAGUCUGAUUGGGAUGUCUGGACAGAAUAUUGAGAAACUAAGGAGUUCUUCUGGUGCUACAAUAACAAUUUUAGCUCCAAAUCAGUUACCGUUAUGUGCAUCUGCUCUUGAAUCUGAUAGAGUAGUACAGAUCUCAGGUGACAUCCCUGCAGUGCUUAAGGCUCUGGAAGAGAUUGGUCAUCAGCUGAGGGAGAAUCCCCCUCGACAAGUGAUCUCCAUCAGCCCAACAUACAAUUAUAAUUUGAUUCGUCCAGCUCAACCAUAUGUUGAUCCCAAUUCAGCUGAUUACGUGACGUUCGAGAUGCUGAUAUCGGAAACAUUGGUCGGAGGUUUGAUAGGCAGGGCUGGCUCCAACAUAUCGAGGAUCAGAAAUGAGUCUGGAGCAACAAUCAAGGUUUAUGGUGGAAAAGGCGAACAGAAGCAUAGGCAGAUCCAGUUUGGUGGUACUGCUCAACAGGUAGCACUGGCCAAACAGAAAGUAGACGAGUACAUCUACUCUCAGCUAACGCAAGUGGAUGCUCAACAGCUUACUUAGAAUAUCCCCUUUCGAUAGGACCUUUGUUUCACCUGUAGAUUGUAGCGAUUGGUAAUGGGAUGGGAUUGCCUUAUAUCCAUUAGCUUAUUCCUUUUUCGUGGGGUCACAUAGUUUUGGCAUGCAGGGCUUGAUGGUUUGGUUGUAUUUUGCUUGUUUGUUUAUGACCAGAAGUUAGAGGUUUUCUGUAAGAUGUCAGGAGCUUUUCCUUGUUCUUUUGUAACAAGAUGUCGGAGCAUGACUCUGCAUCUCUUUGGAAACAAGUUUUUUGUAUCAUGCUCCUUUAUUGUACAGAUCUUUGAUCUCCAUGAGGUUCUUUGGUC